GGAAUCGCAAUCUUGCACGAGGAAACGUCAGCAGUGAUUGGAAACCACGACAAAACAAUCGUAUUGAAACCACAAUUACUUGCAUGAUAUUGAGAGGAUCGCUGCAUCGUAUUAUUUAUAGUAUAUGAAUCCGACAAGAAGUCCAAGAGCAUUGAAGGCCCCCAGCAAAUAUUGUCACUGUGGCUGUGGAGGCAUGAAAGCCUACCACUGUUCAACAAUUUCAAGUCUGAUGAAACUGAACUCGGAUGGCAAAAUAGAGAUUGAGAUAGAGGGCAGGGCAGACACUGACACAAGAUCACCAAAUAAACGGGAAACACUCAGGCCUACAGUUAUGCAAGCCAAAGAUGCCCCAGAGCCUGGACAAUGUGUUACUUCAUUAGUGUCAAAUGUUUCCAAUACUUCUGAACAGUCAGCUUCUAUGGCAGUUGAUGAAGUCAGCUCAUCAAAAUCAAAAAGUAUAAAACCAACAUCAUCAAAAAAGAGACAUGCAAGGAGCAGAAGGCAACCAUGCAGAAGGGCUAAGGCAAGAAAACAAUUUGUCAGUGGUUUACAAAAUUUUCCUGAAAAAAAGACAUAUGUCAAGUAUGUCGUACCAGCAGUGCAGACAGACUCUCUUGGCUCUCCUAAAACAAAAAUACCUGUUGCCUCGAAUCGGUUUUAUGCCUCAAACCAGUGGGAUGUUAUUGUGAGCUUUGUUACUGUUCAGAAAAAGCAUAGGCCAAGCUUGAUACCAUUAUCAACUGAAGUUCUUUAUUCUAAAGUGGAACCAAUAAAAGACCACUCUGACAAAACUGUUACCAAACUGGAAACCCCACAUCAACAUGAAAUCCAAAGUGACGAUAGAAGGACAAUGAGACGUACCAUUUCCCUUUCUCAGACUAUCAGAACCAUGGAUUCCCUUGGAGAUGGGAAGGCAAAAAACCCAACAGUUUAUAUCAGCUGCAACAGAAGUGGGGUUUCAAGGUAUAUUAAUGGGGAAAUGUUGAUCAAAUGCAUGCCAAAUAUACUGGACCAUGAGUGUCGCCAGCUUCCCGGAGGUGAGUGCACAUGUGUGAAAGAAGCCUGCCGAAUUGCUGCUGCCUUCCAAGCUGAUGUUACGCAGUCUGUUCUGAACACCUACCACAUGUAUCUCAAAGGAAUUCAUGAACAGCUAUCUAUGCUUUUGUCACCCUCAAAGAAAGCAGACACCUCUGCUGCAGUUGCUUCGUCUACAGCUUUAUGCGAACAUAGAGAAGAUGGCACAUUUGAUGGUGAAAAUCUUUCUCUCACAGCAGAGGUCGCAAGUAUCACAGAACAUGCUGUCAUAUCAUCUGGUGAACACCACUGCAUUCAAGGACACAAGAGAAAAGCAACCAGUGAACUGUAUGUCCCUACUAGUGAGAACUCCAGACUUCAGGAAAUUAAAAGAAAAGCUGAUGGACUGUUUGAAAAAUUGGAUCCAGAUAGGCCAAGGAAAAUGCCUUGUAUUUUUUCUUCUUCAUCUGAUACAGAGUUAUGCUGUGGUAGUCCAAGGACAGAGUGAUGGGUUUGUAGGCAAGUACCAGGCUGUGCCCACAUGAUUAUGUCUGGAAAUACAUUAGAGGUGCCUAAUUAUGUGAUCAAGGGUCCACCGUUCAUAAGUGUAAUAUCCUGUGUAGGAUUUCUCACUAUAACUUUUUACUAAUAAAUUAUAGAAAAAUUGGUCCUAGCUGUUCUGAAAAAUAUUUAUAUUAUUCGCCAAUUCUGCAUUUUUUAAAAAUAUGCCCAUAUACAUGGCCAACAAUCUUGAUGUUUUAAAAACUAUUAAAAAGUAGCAGAUACCUGCAGUAAAAAAAAAACUUACUAGUAGUGAAAUGUUGUUUGUUCAGUUCUUUUAAAUAUUCACAAUAUUUUAAGGCUUAUAAUUUUUUUUCAAAGGACAAAAUAUU